UUAGCUGUCCACAGAAACACUAGACACGGGAGUGUAAUUCUUUUCCCUUCUUCCUUUCUUCACAACAGAUUAAACCGCAGGAAUCGGAAGCCAUUUUGUGUGCCACGGCGUUUUCUCUUCACGGCAACCAUGAGCCUCGAACCUCCCAAGCCGGAAAUCAAAUCGGCCACCAGAGUGACUGGAGGUCCUGCCACCCCCAGAAAAGGCCCCCCCAAAUUCAAGCAGAGGCAAACCAGGCAGUUCAAAAGCAAGCCACCAAAGAAGGGUGUCCAAGGAUUUGGCGAUGACAUCCCUGGAAUGGAGGGCUUGGGAACAGAUAUUACUGUGAUCUGCCCCUGGGAAGCCUUCAGCCACUUGGAGCUACACGAGCUGGCCCAAUAUGGCAUCAUAUAAACACACAGAGGCCAGAAAAGUGGGGCUGCAUGGAUAUUUGCCUUCCCUCCAGUUGAGGAGGCAGAUUCUGUGACCUUCCUUUCAUCUGUGCUCCUAGCCUCUUCAAAUGAACCAACUUUGCAGAAAUCAGCCCUUGGCCUCCAGCAAUUGA